AUGGAUGUGCCAGAUCGACCAACAUCCAUGAUUGAUCCUGAGUCCGGAGACUGCAGUCUUCUCCUUUUUCUGGGUGCGCCUGAGCGACAAGCAACCAAGUCGGUGGCUGGCCGAGGGGUAUCCGGUCGAGGUGUACCAUCGAAGGCUAAAGAAUUAGCUGUUCGAGGGGAACCCCUAACGAAUAUUUUCCCGGGACCAGAUGACUUUAGUCCAUUCCUUGUAUUGGAUGCGCCUGAUCGACCAGCUUCCAAUUUCGGAACUGAUUCUACUGACCGAGGGGUAUCCGGUCGAGGUGUACCAUCGAAGGCUAAAGAAUUAGCUGUUCGAGGGGAACCACUAUCGAAUAAUUUCCCGGGACCAGAUGACUUCAGUCCAUUCCUUGUGUUGGAUGCGCCUGAUCGACUAGCUUCCAAAUUCGGGACUUCCCGUUUAGCGCCAUCUCCAGAUGUGCCUGAACGACAAGCAUCUGAAUCCGGGGCGAACGGAAUCUUCAUCCCUCCGAUGGAUGUGCCAGAACGACCAACAUCCAAGUCCGGAACUUUCGAAUCUGUUCUAACCAAACUUUCGCUGAAGCUUUGUACUUUGACUUUCGCUAAUCUCUUUCCUUCAACGCUGGUCUUCAACGUAUUAGGUUUUGUCGAUUUCUCGACAGUGUCUACCGAUUUCGCAGUAGACACGACUGAUUUCUCAGCAGGGUUUCUGUGA